CACGACGUGGAAACAAUUCUCAACUUCCACAAAGACAACGAAGAUGGCUCGCCACCCGCGCCGACGUACGUCGGUCGACCAGAGACAUAUGAACGACCUGUCGACGCCCACAAAGUCACGAUCCACGAUGUAACCGGAGAUGAAGACAAGUACACGCUCGACAGCCAUGGCUUCCAAUUGGUGCCGAGCGUGAGCGGGGAGAAGGACUUCUUGGACGACGAUGUGAUUAAGGAAACGUACUACAAGGAGAUUGAUCAGUUGCUGAAAGAUGUCACCGGCGCAACCCGCACCUUCAUCUUCGACCACACCAUUCGACGCCCCACCCCGGCCACCGCCUCCGACCCAGCCCAGGAGGACCAAACCUCACCGAAACUCAACCUCCGCGGUCCCGUCCGCCGCGUUCACAUCGACCAAUCUUACUCCGCCGCCCUGUCCCGCGUCCCUCACCAUCUCCCAUCCGAAGCCGACCAUCUCCUCCGCGGCCGCGUUCAAAUCAUCAACGUCUGGCGACCAAUCCGCACAGUCCUCCGGGAUCCAUUAGCCGUCGCCCAAUCCCAGAGCGUCGCGGAAGAGGAUCUCGUGCCAAUCGGCCUAAUCUACGAUACCCGCAAGGGCGAAACUCUCAGUGUCAAGCAUGCUGAGGGACAGAAGUGGUUCUAUAAGCACCAUCAGACUCCUGAGGAGGUGGUGUUGAUCAAGUGUUUUGAUAAUCGGGCGGAAGAUGGAGUGAGAGCGAAGAGGGUGCCGCAUUCGGCGUUUGAGGUUGAGGGGACGGAGGCCAAGGAGGAGAGGGAGAGUAUUGAGGUGAGGUGUUUGGUUUUCCAUGAGAAUGAU